AUAGCUGUCAAACUGAGACCAACAGAGACAGUGAACCACCCCUGUGUAAUCCACUUGUCAGUCCCAAUAAUUAAAUAAACAAAUUCUGUCACUGAGGUGAAAGUACGAUAGUUUCCAUGAAGAAAUAAACAAUAGGCUAAUCGAAAUGGCGUUUCUUGAGUGGAGAAGAUUCAAUUUCUUCGACCUCAAAAAGGAAGUCGACGGGGGAAAAAUCGCUGAGGCUCUUGGGACUGCUCGAGUGAGUGCCUCCACCAGUGGAAAUGGAAACUUAGUAUUCGGCGACGAUACAGGCAACAUUCACGUUGUCAAGCGAACGUAUCAAGUGUCAACCUUCCGAGCUUACGAGAUAACCGUAACCCUCGCUGAACAAGUCCAACAUUCGACGUAUCUAUUUACCAUUGGUGAGGACGAUCCCGGUUGCAAUCCAACAAUUAAAGUAUGGAACUUCGGAAAAUUGGAUAAACAGGAGAAUCCCACGUGUGUGAGGAUUAGCCGAGCAAUACCAAGUUUCCGGCCGGUCCCAGCCACAGCCCUAUGCGUUCACCAAAGCUUGACAAUGAUGGCGGUGGGUUUUGCAGACGGUUCGAUAAUGCUUUACCGGGGGGAUCUCACUAGAGAAAGAAAAAACAAGAUUAAAAUACUAAAAGACAGUACAGCCCCGAUAACUGGACUGCAAAUUCGAUCGACGGGUAAGCAGAACCACCUCUUUGUCGUAACAACAAUGAACGUGUAUCUCUACAACAUAACGGUGAAGGACAAGGAAGUUAAGACCGUCCUGGAUAAUAUGGGAUGCGCCGAUCGGUGCAGCGUCCUCGCUGAAACCAGUCAGGAUAGCCAUUUUAUGAUCAGCCGAAGCAACGCCAUAUACUGCUACACACUAGAUGGUCGGGGACCGUGUUACGCCAUCGAGGGACAGAAAACAAUGCUCGAUUGGUUCCGUGGAUAUCUCGUGAUAGUGGCGAAGGAGUCCGGCAAUGUUCCGCGAUCGACAACUGUUUCGUCGAAGCCAUCGGCGAUCGAGCCGAUUCCUGUCGGUGCCGACAAGCACAUGAUAACGGUUCUGGACAUUCAGAAUAAGUUCAUAGUGUUCUCGGCUUCGAUGCUCUCGAUCCAGGCGAUCCUCUCGGAGUGGGGUGGUUUGUUCAUCCUUUCAGGAGACUCUAAGCUCUAUCACCUGGACGAGAAGGACCUCCAGUCGAAGCUCGCGCUUCUGUUCAAGAAGAAUUUGUACGAUGUUUCAAUCAGGAUCGCUAAGAGUCAACAGUAUGAUACCGAAGGUUUGGUUGACAUCUUCCGUCAGUACGGAGAUCACUUGUACUCAAAGGGAGACCACAACGGUGCGAUAGAACAGUACAUUAGGACGAUUGGAAAGCUGGAGCCCUCUUACGUUAUCCGAAAAUUCCUUGACUCUCAGCACAUUGACAAUCUCACGACUUAUUUACAAGCCCUUCAUAAAGAAUCCCAGGCAACCGAGGAUCACACCACUCUGCUUCUCAACUGUUACACCAAGCUCAAUCACACGGACAAGCUGAAGGAAUUCAUCAUGACAAAGGAUCGCGAAAUGGACUUCGACGUGGACAUCGCAAUCAAAGUCUGCAGACAAGCAUCACCGGAGGAUGCUCUCCUUCUCGCUAAAAAGCACAAGAAACACGAGUGGUAUCUACGAAUUCAGAUAGAAGAUAAGAAUGAGUACAGAGCGGCCCUCGAGUACAUGGAGACAUUGGAUUUUGAAGAAGCUGACGCCAACAUGAAGAAGUACGGCAGCAUUCUAAUAGCCAAUGUACCUACUGAAGCCACUCAGUUCUUGAAGAAGCUCUGCACGAACUAUCGAGCGGUUGACAGACCUCUCAUUGACGAGAAUGUGCUGGACGGAACCUCUGAGGAGAUCGUUGAGCGAUCCAAUCCCGAGGACUUCAUUCAUUUUUUUUUGAAUAAUUCAGAAAGAUUGGUUGAGUUUCUGGAGCACCUUGUGAAGACGGACACCAAGUGGAGUACCAUGGUGUAUAAUACUCUGGUGGAGCACUAUCUCCACAUCUGGGGAGCGCAGUCGAGUGAAGUGAUGAACGUCCAGUACGAGCAGAAAGUCAUCAGGCUGCUGCAGAGCUCUGAAGCCUCUUUCGACCGGGAUCAGAUCCUAGUCCUGUGCCAUCAGCACAAUUUCAGGAAGGGUGUGUUGUUUCUUUACGAGGAGAGAAAGCUCUAUCAUGAGAUUCUCCAAUUUCAUCUGAGAGAGAGGGACGAUGAGAAUGUCCUGGGGACCUGCAAGAGAUUUGGACAUCAGGACCCCAAUCUGUGGAUUCAGGCUUUGUGGUGCGUCGCGAGGGAUAAGAACUCUAGUCCCAAAUUGUUGGCCGAUAUCCUGGGUGUUAUCUCCAAAGAGAAGCUUCUGCCACCGUUAAUGGUCAUCGAUGCUUUGUCGACUUCAUUGAACUGCAGCCUAGGGGAUGUCAGGGAAUACUUGAAUACCGUUCUCAAAGCUGAGGAGGAGCAGACAAAACAGGACGCCGAGCUCGUGGAAAAAUACAGGGAGGAUACUAAGAAGCUGAGGGAACAAAUCGCUGGGAUCAAGGGUAGUACUAAGAUUUUUCAGGGGAAUAGGUGUUCGGCCUGUUAUCAUCAGCUCGAGUUGCCUUCUGUCCAUUUCAUGUGUCAGCAUUCUUAUCAUCGACACUGUUUUCAAAGUUUCUCAGAGAGUGAGAACGAAUGUCCAAUCUGUUUACCCAAGAAUAAACAAUUGCUCAAUCGAAUCAGAGCACAAGAGCAAUCUCAGGAUCUCCACGAGACGUUCCACAGCCUUCUGGACAGAGCCGAAGAUCCCUUCUCACUAGUCGCCGAUUACUUUGGCCGCGGUGUCUUUAAAAAACUCAUGAUAAUCACGGACGCGGACAAACCCAUUGCCACGACUCCCGCAGCUAAUACUCCAGUGGCUCCAAGAUCUCAGGAACCAAAGAUUAAUUAUAACGCUUAUGGACCUGGGGUAGAAGCCAAAAUAAGACUGACAGAAGGAAAAAAUACAACUUUAGUUAAAAAUGAAGCGCGUAGAGUCGAUCCCUUCGCCGAAGAUCGCCGCUACCCCCUAAAACCGGACGCCUACUCAUCAUCGUUGGAAGCAAAUGUCUCAGGAAGUGGUAGUGGCCUCUCAACACCGCGUUCAAACUCCCGAAAAUCGUCACCAGUGUCAAUUCGAGAGGCGAGAAUUGUUAACAAUCAGAGCCCCAAGGCAUCCCCAGUCACCAGAGCCUUUGUGCCACCGAAAACUCCCAUCGUGCCGUCGAAUCCAUUUGGUGAGAGUGACUACGACGAAAAGAAGAAUCCCUUCGCCGAAGAGGGAGGCAACCCCUUCGACGAAGAUGAUAAUGACUCUGGAGGGUCCAAAGAGGAUGAUUACAACAAGAAUUAAAAU